CUUGGCCAGCAUGUGAUUGGGUAAGUGUACAUCUUAAGCCUUAACCCACAAGUUCUUUCUUUAUUUCCUUAACGCCUUGGCCAUCCACCCCUUUUCUUUUGCUCCCUUGACAGCCCACUUUAUUGGGAUUUAAUGGAAUCUAUGUCAGUGAAUGAAGUGGAAAGAACAAACCAAUUCACUUCUGCUACACUUGUUUGGGAACACCUUCUUUCCCUUCAUUCAGCUCCCUCUUUCCCUUCCAUUUUUACUCUCUUCUUCCCCCCAAUCUCCACCUUUUUGGGAACUUCCAAGUUCCAAUCUUCUUGGAAGACAGUUUUUGCAGAGACAGAGGUUGAGAAAAUGGCAUCAUCAACCUCAGGAUCAUCGAAGAGAGCUCGAGGAGCUAACAAUGCCGGGAGUCAGCCAGUUUCUUGCCUUGUUGAUGGCUGCAAUUCAGAUCUAAGCAACUGUCGGGAUUACCACCGCCGUCAUAAGGUUUGUGAGCUGCAUUCUAAGACUCCUCAGGUUACCAUUGGUGGCCUGAAACAGAGGUUCUGUCAGCAGUGUAGCAGGUUUCAUUCACUUGAGGAAUUUGAUGAGGGAAAAAGGAGCUGUCGGAAACGACUGGAUGGCCACAACCGCCGUCGGAGGAAGCCUCAGACUGACCUCUUGCCUCGAUCUGCUGGGCCUUUCUCGUAUCAUCAAGGUUCUCACUUGUUGCCAUAUACAAGAGCACAAGUUUACCCAUCGACCACCGUGAGCAGCCACGGCUGGUCCUCCACCGGAGAGACAGCCGGCCUUCACAGGGACCAACAACUAAAUUUCCUCGAAAAACAGAGCCUGUUUGUGGAACAAUCCCACCACAGCAACAACUACAAAACGGCGCAAACACUGGCCUUCAUGCACGGCGGCCCGACAACAACAUGUCAACCCCUCCUCCGGUCCAUGAAUACCCUGUCAGAAAACGGCGGCGGAGGCGGCGGCGGUGGGGAAAGAAACAAGAUGAUUUAUGACAGGUUCAGAAUUGGGGUUAGUGAAUCAGAUUGUGCUCUCUCUCUUCUGUCAUCACCACAGGCUCAGACUGAUCAUCAGCCGCAGCCGCAGCAGGCGGAGAGUGGUUCUUCUGGGCAUUUGGAUUUGAGCAGAAUCGAACAGCAUCAGCGGAGCGCCGCCGUUUCUCUGCUGCAGCCAUUGAGCCACCACCAUAGCCAUAACAGUUAUGAGAAUUCUGAUUCUGACAAUCAUGGAGGGGCCCUUAAUUUCCCCGGGAUCUUUGGAAUUGCCUCCGAGAAUGCUGGAAAUGAAUCCCCUUCCACCCUCCCAUUUCAUUGGGAGUAGAAUUUUGUUGAUUUGAUUUAAUUAACACCCAUUUUUAUUAGUAUGUUCCUCAAAAGACUCUUUGAAUUUGUUAAGUUUCACUCCUUUAAUUUUGGUUUAUAUGAUUUCAAUUUAGUC